AUGAAGAAGAGCGGGACAUUAUGGAUUUCGAUCAUUCUGUUCCCGCUAUCACUCGCAUAUCUCGAUUCUGGCUCUCUAUCAUCGACUUUACGUCAAAGUCCGUCCUUCGUUGUGCGCACCGAUACAGCAAUAGCCCCAGCAGAACCGGAGAACAUCAACCGUAACCCAGAUCCACUUGUGACGAGCCACGCCGGCCCCGCUUAUCCUGCUGACGCCGAAUUCCAGGAACACGAGGAGACUACUGACCCUAACGACACCAAUUUCACCGCAAAUCAUGGAAUCGCUACCCGCCGCAUUCUUCAGUUUGGAGAAAACGGUGUAUCUGUUGGAUGGAGAAUUGGUUUGGCUGUUUUACUCGCUAUAUUUUCUGCAAUAUUUAGUGGAUUGACUCUCGGUCUGAUGGUGUUGGAUGUCGUUCAACUUCGGGUCAUUAUUCAGUCCGCAGAGAAAGCCCCCGAUGACCCAAUAAUGAAGCGGGAUGCAAAACGUGCUAGAAGGAUUUAUCGUCUGCGCAAAGAUGGAAAUCUCCUUCUUGUCACUCUCCUCGUUUCAAAUGUUUCUGUCAACUCGGCGUUCUCUAUCGUUGCAUCGGAUCUCACCAGUGGACUCGUUGGAUUCUUACUCUCGACGACGAUCAUUACUCUUUUCGGUGAAAUCAUUCCACAGGCGGUUUGUAAUCGCUACGGGGCGGAUCUAGGUGUGUCUUAUAAUCGAGAGCAGCUCAAGGCUCUAGUUGGUCAUCACGAACAAGAGGUCAAGCUUCUAAACCAAGAGGAAGCAAGAAUUCUAUUCGGGGGCUUAGACGUUGCAACUAAGACUGUUGGAUCUGCAAUGACACCAUUGGACAAAAUCUAUGGAAUUGAUAUCACAAAAAAUCUUGAUUUUGAUACCGCAGCUCAAAUGAUCACUUCGGGAUAUUCGAGAAUUCCGGUGGUGGACAAGUCAUCGCUUCAAUGUAUUGUUGGUUUGCUUUACACGAAGGAUAUCGCAUUGAUUGACCCAUCUCUUCAUUUACCAGUGAGGACCGUGUUGUCGAUGUUUGGACGAGCAGUCUAUGGGGUGGAUGUGGAUGCGCCGCUUCUAGCAGUUUUAUCCGAGUUCAAGAAAGGCCAGUCACAUCUGGCUGUAGUCCGCGAAGUUGUUGAUGAUGGUGUUCGUGAUCCAUACUAUCGUCAUGUAGGAGUUAUUACUUUAGAAGAUAUUAUUGAAGAGAUCCUUCAGGAUGAGAUAUUAGAUGAGUAUGAGCAACUCGACAAGCAAUCAGCAGCGUCUCCUGAAGGACCAAACGAGAACGUCGAACCUCCUUCUGAACGUCCAGCGAAGAAGCGAAGAUGGGCUUUUCUGAAACUUCACUUGCGGAGGAAGCAGCACUUAGAGGCCUCGAGGGAAUCUGUACCAAUGACAGGAUCAUCGCUGGGAAAGGAAUCAGGAACGCUUCAACUUCUGGAGAAGGGGGGCCCACAAACAAUGCAGACUUCUCGUUCUCAGCCCCAAUUUCAGAGAAAUCUUCCGCCAGAACCGCUUGAUUCCCUUGUUUUCACGCAACUCUCCUCCGCCGCGUUUCCGUCACGUGGUGCGAUCGACAAAGAAAUCAGUGGGCCAACGAUGACACCAGCCGAUACUGUAGGCCGUUCCGGGGUUUGUUCGCCAGACGACCCGUCCCCUAGAAGAUGUUCAGUUCAAUAUGCGCGAGGGAUCAUCAGUUGGUGCUUCGGUGAGGCGUCUGGUAUCGAUCGUCAGUUCUCCUUCUGUCCCGGAUAUCAUCACGACCGGAUCUCCUGGAUUCUUACCGCGUUCAACAUCUACGAUGGUGGACAAUGCGAUGCUGGGCCGUCUUCGCCUUUUUAA